AUGGCAAAAUCCCAGAAGAAAUUGGGGCUUCAAGUUUUAGAUCUCUCAAUCAACAACUUAUCAGGGCAAAUCCCAAAAGAUCUAGGGAAACUUCCAGCAUUGAGGAGUUUGAAUUUAUCCUUCAAUAAUCUUGAGGGGGAGGUACCAAUAGAAGGAAUUUUUGGAAGUGCAAGUGCAAUUUCAGUUAAUGGAAAUGAUAAGCUUUGUGGGGGCAUUGUAGAGUUACAAUUGCCUAAAUGCACAAUCCAUGGAUCUAUGAAACGAGAAAAGUCCCAUGCUUUUAAAAUGGUUUUUGAGAUAGCCGGUGUGGUUAUUGGUUUGCUUUUGAGAUCUUCCUUUCUUACUCUCUAUUGGAUGAGAAAAUCAAGAAGUAAACCAUCAUCCACACCAUUAAUUGGUGAUAAGUUAUUAAAGCUUUCUUACAGAGAGCUUUUCCAAGCUACUGGAGGAUUUUCUUCAACUAACUUCAUAGGUUCCGGAAGUUUUGGGUCUGUAUACAAAGGGAUUAUCGAUCAAGAUGAAACCAUUGUUGCAGUCAAGGUGCUCAACCUUCAACAUCCAAGAGUUGAUAAGAGCUUUAUGACUGAAAGCAAAGCAUUAAGAAACAUUCGGCAUCGAAAUCUUGUAAAGAUUUUGACUUCAUGUGUAAGUCUUGAUUCCAAAGGUAAAGAUUUCAAAGCCCUUGUUUAUGAGUUCAUGCCCAAUGGGAAUCUAGAUAAUUGGUUGCAUCUGCCGAUGGAGGCACAUAAUCAUUCAAGGAAUUUAAGCUUUCUUCAAAGAUUAAACAUCGCAAUUGAUGUGGUUUCUACGUUGGAUUACCUUCACUACCACUGUUAUGGGACAAUUGUUCAUUGUGACUUGAAGCCAAGCAAUGUUCUACUUGACAAUGAUAUGAUUGCACAUGUCAGUGAUUUUGGUUUGGCGAGGCUACUGUUAGAACCUGAUGAUAAUUCAUCCUAG